UCAUUUGCAUGAACCAAUAGAACUUUGCGUAUGUAAAUGUGGGCGCAGCCGGUUGGCUGGGAGCGGGCCGGAUAACGACGGAGGGGGCGCCUUUGUCCCGCAGAGCCGAGCAGGAGCGGAACGGAACGGAGCGGGGCGGUGUCGGUGUGAGCUGCCCCAUCGAGCGGCCGCACUAUGACUCUGGAGGAGCUGCCGGGCGACCAGCGAACGGCCGGCAGGAUGGAGCAGGCGGGGGACGCGCUGCAGGAGGUGCUGAGCAAAGCGCUGAGCCAGCGGAGCCUCACCCUGGGGGUGUACGAGGCGGCCAAGCUGCUCAACGUUGACCCCGACAACGUGGUUUUGUGCCUCCUGGCCGCCGACGAGGAAGAAGAAGGAGACGCGGCUUUACAAAUCCACUUCACUCUAAUCCAAGCUUUCUGCUGCGAGAACGACAUCAACAUCCUGCGGGUCAGUAACCCGGCUCGUUUAGCUCAGUUGUUGCUUCCCGAUGGCGGCCCUGAACCACCCACUGAUCUCCAUUGCGUGUUGGUCACGCAGAAUCCCCAUUCCUCCCAAUGGAAGGACCCAGCGCUGAGUCAGCUGAUGUGCUUCUGCAGGGAGAGUCGCUACAUGGAUCAGUGGGUGCCGGUCAUCAACCUCCCCGAGCGAUGACCACGUCCCGACCAUCACCAACACAGCGCUCAGGAAUCGAUCCACAUCCAACCCUUUCUCCCCCCCCUAAACACACACUUAUAACGGAGCUGGAAGAGCCAACCUCCAUCCCCGGGUUGGGGACGCAGCGAUGCCGAGCGCCCUGUUCUUGGGCUGCUUUUCCUUUUCCAAGUGCGACUUUGACAGUUUCUGGUUGAAAUCUUCUAUAGAAGGAGCUCCAAACAGGUUUCAAAGGGGACGCUCGGCAAACGAUCCUCUCGUAUUGGUUUAUUUCGGGACGGCGAUUCUCAAGGUUUUUAAUGCUAAGAUAUAUAAUAAUAAGUUAUUUUAUGAUAUUGACGGGGAAAAAAUGAUAAUAAUAAUAGUUAUUUAUACUCUGAGGUCUGAGAGCCGACCUACCCUCGAGCAGUCGCUCCACAGCCGCACGUCCUUUAGGCGCUGCUGAAAGCAGCCCCGCUGAUGUCAUGGUUGGCAAUGGGACGGUGCUUUGGGGUUUGGGGUUUGGUUUUUCUUGGGGUUUGUUUUUUGAAAUAAAGUUGUGACUCUGCUCCUG